AUGAUCUAUUUAACGUCACUGGAUGAAAACCUUGAUCCACAGCCACUGUUGUUGAACCCGAAUACGAGCGGUCUAAAUGUUAAUAUUGAUAAUAACAACAGUGAUAGUAACACUAACGCUAAUGUGGCACAAACAGUGGAUGUAUCACCUGUGCUAGCGCCCGCGGGUAAGAUAUUCGAACAACUUCGAACUUGCUCACUAUUUACAGACUGA